UGGAACCAAGUACAAAGAUUUGUGAAAUGGGCCUCAACAGUAGGAGGUCACAACAUAGGGAAGAUUCUUAUCGCGAACCGAGGAGAAAUUGCAUGCAGAGUGAUGCGAACAGCAAAGAAAAUGGGUGUGAAGUCUGUAGCAGUUUAUAGCGAAGCAGACAGAAAUUCUAUGCAUGUAGCAAUGGCAGAUGAAGCAUAUUGCAUUGGUCCAGCACCCUCACAGCAGAGUUACUUGGCCAUGGAGAAAAUAAUGCAGGUGGCCAAGGUCUCAGCAGCACAGGCUAUUCAUCCAGGUUAUGGUUUCCUCUCAGAAAACACAGAGUUUGCAGAGUUGUGCAAGCAAGAGGGAAUAAUCUUCAUAGGUCCGCCUUCAUCUGCUAUCAGAGAUAUGGGUAUUAAGAGCACUUCCAAAGCUAUAAUGUCUGCUGCUGGCGUUCCUGUUGUUGAAGGUUAUCAUGGAGAAGAUCAAUCCGAUCAGUGUCUAAAGGAACAUGCCAAGAGAAUAGGAUAUCCAGUAAUGAUUAAAGCUGUUCGUGGAGGUGGAGGAAAGGGCAUGAGAAUUGCUCACUCAGAAAAGGAAUUUCUGGACCAACUAGAAUCAGCUAGGAGAGAAGCAAAGAAGUCUUUCAAUGAUGAUGCAAUGCUGAUUGAGAAAUUUGUAGAUAAUCCAAGGCAUGUUGAAGUCCAAGUAUUCGGUGACCAGCAUGGCAAUGCAGUCUAUUUGUUUGAAAGAGACUGCAGUGUGCAAAGAAGACAUCAGAAAAUCAUUGAAGAGGCACCAGGGCCAGGAAUUAAUCCUGAAGUUCGAAAAAGACUUGGAGAAGCUGCUGUCAAAGCAGCUAAAGCUGUGAAUUAUGUGGGAGCAGGAACAGUGGAAUUUAUUAUGGACUCCCAACAUAAUUUUUACUUCAUGGAGAUGAAUACCAGACUGCAAGUAGAGCACCCAGUUACAGAGAUGAUUACUGGAACAGACUUGGUGGAAUGGCAGCUUAGGGUUGCAGCAGGAGAGAAGAUUCCCCUAAUUCAGGAAGAGAUUCUGCUUCGGGGCCAUGCCUUUGAAGCUAGAAUAUAUGCUGAAGACCCUAAUAAUAACUUUAUGCCAGGGGCUGGGCCACUGUUGCACUUAUCCACCCCACCACCUGAUAGUUUCACCAGGAUAGAAACUGGAGUCAGACAAGGUGAUGAGGUUUCUGUUCAUUAUGAUCCGAUGAUUGCAAAGCUGGUUGUUUGGGCUGAGGAUCGUCAAGCAGCACUGAGAAAGCUGCGAUACAGUUUGCGUCAGUAUAAUAUUGUAGGAUUAAGCACUAAUAUUGAUUUCUUACUGAGCUUGUCAGGACACCCACAGUUUGAGGCUGGAAAUGUGCACACCAAUUUCAUUCCUCAACACCAUGAUGAACUAUUUCCAACCAAAAAGGCAACCCCACAUGAAGUUAUGUGUCAGGCAGCUCUAGGACUCAUACUGAAAGAGAAAAUGCUAACAGAUGCUUUUAGAGAUCAGUCAGAUGAUAAAUUCUCACCAUUUGCAUCCAGCACUGGUAGAAGAAUAAAUAUAUGUUAUACUAGAAAACUGUCUCUGCUGGAUGGGGAAAACAUUGUGGACGUAGCUGUAAGUUACAAUCCAGAAGGGUCCUACAACAUGCAGAUUCAAGAUAAAACGUUCCUGGUUUCUGGAGAGCUCUUCAAUGAAGGUGAUUCAGUUUACUUGAGGUCUUCAGUAAAUGGAACAGUGUGUAAGUCCAAAUUGGUCACUUUGGACAACACCAUUUAUCUCUUCUUUCCGGAAGGUAGUGCUCAGAUUGGCCUUCCUGUACCCAAGUACUUAUCUGCAGUGAGCUCAGCGGGAAUGCAGAGUGGUGCUAUAGCACCCAUGACAGGCACAGUUGAAAAGGUGUUUGUUAAAGCAGGGGAUAAGGUUCAGAUUGGAGACCCUCUGAUGGUUAUGAUAGCUAUGAAAAUGGAGCAUACCAUAAGGGCUCCAAAGGCAGGAGUGAUAAAAAAGGUUAAUUUCCAAGAAGGUGCCCAGGCCAAUAGACACGCUCCGUUAGUUGAAUUCGUGGAUGAAGAGCCUGAGUCAAAAUAAAAUUCAAGGAAGGUGCAUUUUUAUUUUUUCUACUUUGCUGAUUUUUCUCCCAGGAGAAGAUUUCUUCACAUUUUCAGCAAACUGUUUUGUAUUAUAGAUUGGGGAAUUGGUUUCCUCUCCACUUCCUGCAUAGUUUGACUGUAAAUUAUGCUGACUUUACUGAAAUUUGGAUAUCACUAUACUGUAAUCAUAUAUAUAACUUGUGGACCUACAUGAUUGUUGUUCAGUUGUUAUGUUUGUCUGUGAAAAGGCAUUAGACUGG